GGACGCUAGAUUGGUACGGCGUUUAAUCUCACUCAAUCCAUUCCUUGUUUUUACCCUGUAAAUCUGACUGUCACUCAAGUUACUACCAGCGCCAAGAUCAUUCGCAUCGGAGUAGAUUUGCUGGUCAAAUCUAUCUGCCCUUCUGCUCAGUAUCAUUAGUCGACCAUUACCAGCCAUUACCUACGCUCUGAUCAGCAUCACCUCCAACUCAAUAUUUGCACCGUUCGUUGUAAUUUCCGCCCUUGAAAUUCCCGUCCUACAUUAUUUUUCCAGUGUUUGCUAUCCUCUCGAAAUCUUUGAUGCGCUCGUUCUCUGUUUUCCUCCUCCUUUCAACUCUCCUCGUGAUAAUUCCAAUCGCUUUUACUUUGCCUACCCCGCCGCCGCCAGAUGAAAUCGAUGUUCGGCUCAUCCGUAUCAAAAUGUAUCCUGGAGGCGAACAAGGAUCAAUUCUCUAUGAUGACACUGUCGACGAAGCGGACCUAGUACCUUCUCUUAUUGAUCCUCAUAAUGAAAUGUGGGCUUUGAACCUUGAUGGGAUCGGGUACGCUUCCAAACCCUCUAAGGACAAAUGGAUCGAAGGGGGUCCAAAGGAAUUCAGUGCCAAGGCCGGGAUAUUAUUGGGGAAGCUCGAAGUAGAUUCCUCGAAAAAAAAGGAGGCUCGGACCAAAUUGAUUGAGGCAUUGAACAAAGUCUCCCCUGCAGAGAUAGACGUGCUAUAUAUCUACAGCUUAUUAGCACUCAUCGAAACACAAGCUCUAGCGUUGCCUUCGUUCAAGCAGAAGAUUGCGUUACGCGAAGAAUAUCUACCAUAUAUGAAGGUCAUGCUAGAAAAGAAUGGUAGUGGAGCGCGCGUUAGAAUUACUCAGGAAGAGGAACAGCGGUACAAGCGGACUUUGGGACAUCUCUUUCCCAAAAGUGGUGGAAAUUAACUUUGAUGGAGAUGGAUUUUGAACCUUGUCGUCCAUGGAACUGUGUACCGUUCUAGUUCAUUUGAGGCAAUGAUGAUUGGUGUU